CCUUAUUGAUAUGCAAAUACAUUCAGACACUAGAACGCUGAUUGGCUGGCAACUCUCACGACGUCACGCAGUUUGUUCUUUCGUUGUGGAAGGCCAUCGAGACCAAGUCAUGUUGGAAACCUUCAGUGUUUUUUUUUUGUAUGCCUGAGGUGCAAAUACCGUCACUAAUAUACAUAACAGCCAUAACAUUAUGACCACCUGCUUAGUAUUGUGCUGGUCUCCCUUUUGCUGCCAAAAAAGCCCUGACCUGUCGACUCCACUAGAUCUCUGAAGGUGUGCUGUGGUAUCUGGCACCAAGAUGUUAGCAGCAGAUCCUUUAAGUCCUGUUAGUUGUGCGGUGGGGACUACAUGGCAACUUUCAGGACUUAAAGGACACUUUUGAUAGAUACUGACCACUGCAGACCGGGAACACCCCACAAGAGCUGCAGUUUUGGAGAUGCUCUGAUCCAGUGGUCUAGCCAUCACAAUUUGGCCCUUCAUCAAACUCGCUCAAAUCCUUACGCUUGUCCAUUUUUCCUGCUUCUAACAUCAACUUUGAGGACAAAAUGUUGACUUGCUGCCUAAUAUAUCCCACCCACUAACAGGUGCCAUGAUGAGGAGAUCAUCAGUCUUAUUCACUUCACCUCUCAGUGGUCAGAAUGUUAUCAGUGUAUUAUGAAAUCUUCUUACGACUGGUUGCCAUAGUAAUAACGUUCAGCACUGAGGCGCAGCUAGCCUCAUAUCAUACAGAAUGAAGGAGAAGCCAUUUGUGGUGUACUGUGAACUUUGCUGAGCUUAUAUGGACACGCCCACCUCUAGUCACCAACGGUUACUGUUGCCCGUGUCCCCAGAAGUCGGCAGCUCUCAUUGUAAAUUAAUGUUAAUUUGUGACUUCAAAUUGCUGUGCGCGUGAACGUAGCAUGAGAAAAGUUCAUAACGAGCUGAAUGUAGUGUAUUAUGCCGGUAGACUCGUUAGAAGUGCUGAGAUUUUAGCGCGUCAACACUCCCAACCAGUUUGCUGACUGACGAUUAUACUCAGAGGAAAUGCAGUCAGCUGAUCCUUCACAUGAUAGAUGAGGCAAUGUGGUAAAAAGAAAAAAAAAAAAAAAAAAAAAAACAAAGAAAAUAAGCCACCUUGGUGAAUAGUGGUGGUGAGUGUGAGAUGAUGAAGGCAGACCUGGAGGCUUCUCUCUCUGCGAGCAGCAGUUCAGCUAUUCAGUGUCGGGAUGUGUGUCGCUCUUACGGCAAGAUGAGAGUCCUCAGCAGCCUCAACCUGACUGUACCUCAGGGCCAGAUUUACGGUUUGCUGGGCCCGAGCGGCUGCGGGAAAACCACUCUGCUGAAGUGCAUCGUGGGAACUUUGAAGAUCUCUCGAGGUCACAUCAGCGUGCUCGGGAAGCCGCCGGCGUUCCCUGGACACGAGGUGCCGGGAAGGAUGGUGGGAUACAUGCCACAGGACAUAGCGCUGUAUAACGAGUUCACCAUCAGCGACACGCUCUGGUUCUUUGGCCGAAUCCACGGCCUCUCAUCCCAAGAGACUCAGGAGCGCAUGAAGUUCCUCAUCGAAUUUUUGAACCUGCCACAGAAGAACAGCCUCGUCAGAAACCUCAGUGGCGGCCAGCGACGCCGUGUUUCACUCGGUGCUGCUCUUCUUCAGAACCCUCAACUCCUCAUCCUCGACGAGCCCACAGUAGGAGUGGAUCCUGUUCUACGAGCCAAAAUAUGGCAGCACCUGGUGCAGAUUGUGAAAGGAGGGCAGGUGUCUGUCAUCAUCACCACGCACUACAUAGAGGAGGCCAGACAAGCCAACAUGGUGGGGUUAAUGAGGAACGGAAGGCUGCUGGCUGAAGCCAAUCCAGAAGAGAUCAUAAAGCAGCACAACGCAGCCACCCUGGAGAGUGCUUUUCUCCAGCUGUGUGAGGACUCGGACCAAGUGGGAUCCCAGGACAGUCCUCAGUUUCCUGAUCACGGUGAAAGUGUGUCUCCAGACAGCCUGAAGGACGAGUGCAGAGAGCCUAUUUUGGGGAAGGAUAUAUCAACACCAUCAGACAUUCCAAAGCUUAAAGCGGAGUGGAAGGUGAGAGCCAGGCACGUCAUUCCAAAAUGUCGAAAUAUUGUAGCAUUGACGAUCAAGACAAUGGUGCGAAUGAGGAGAAACCCAGGUUCACUGUGUUUUCAGUUCCUGCUGCCUGUGAUUCAGAUCUGUCUGAUGUGUUUGUGUAUCGGCGGCGAUCCAAAAGGCAUCGAGGUGGCUGUGGUCAACAACGAGACCAGCUCGAGUGCCUACAGCCGCUCUCUUCUCUCUUUCCUCGACAACACCAGCAUCAACCAGGUGAGCCUCUCCCAUUCUGCUGCUUUUGAAGGCAUCCGUAACGGGGAGUAUUGGGGCGUCAUCGAGUUUGGUGAGAACUUCACCACCUACCUGACUAAGAGGAUGUUUCAGCCGAGAGUCUCCAGAGAGGUUGUCGAAGGAGGGUCAGUCCACGUCUGGCUGGACUUGACGAAUCGACAGAUAGGAAUAAUGCUACAAAAGAAGCUGCAUGAAGCAUUUCAGGCUUUUGUUGACAGCAAGAUGGGAAGUCAGGCCUAUCUAGUGUCUGUUCCAGUUAAGUUCGAGGAGCCAAUAUUCGGCAGUCAGAACACCACAUUCACUACCUUUGUGACUCCAGGGGCUGUUCUGAGCAUCACUUUUUACCUGGCGGUGGGACUCACUGCUCUGUCCUUCGUCUUGGAGAGGAAAGAGGGGCUGUUGGACAGGUGCUGGGUGGCAGGAGUGAGUUCUCUAGAGACCAUGCUGGCACAUCUCUUCUCUCAACUAUUGGUCAUCAGCGUCCAGAUCACCCUGCUCCUGCUCUUUAUCCUGCUCGUCUUUAAGAUUCCCAAUGAGGGCUCCCUGGUCCUGGUCAUCUGCCUGAUUGUUCUUCAGGGUGUGACCGGAAUCUCCUUCGGAUUGGUCAUUUCCUCCGCCAUCGACGACGAGCAAUCGGCCAAUCAGGCAGCUCUCGGCAUCUUCUACCCCAACCUCAUCAUCAGCGGUGUCAUUUGGCCGGUGGAGUGUAUUCCGUAUCCACUGCGAUACCUGAGUCUGGUGCUGCCACAGACAUACGCAUCUGAAGCCCUACGAUGCAUUAUGUACCGAGGAUGGGGUCUGUCUCGCAUGAUGGUGUGGCGAGGCUUCGCCGUCACGCUCGGCUGGAACACCUUCUUCCUCAUGCUGGCCACCAUCAUCCUCAAACUGAGGACAUGAGGGACGCCGGUCACUCGAAGGUGCUUCAGAUCAUGGAGAGAGGCGUCAGGAGAGUCCCAGGCUUCACACAGAAGACCAGGCCUCUCUCCCUCUCUCUCUCUCAAUUUUGUUUUUUUUUUUGUUUUUUUAAUUUUGAUGAAGCAGCUCUCAUGAAUGGAAGCAUAAAGAUCUCCUAAGGCUGCCAGUCAGAAGCCUGAAGGUUACCUCAGAGUAGCUGAUCAGCACCUUCUUGUUUUCAGAAGGACCAGAAGCAGUCACCUCAGGGAAAGAAUGGGUUCUGUUUCUGCAUCCAAAAGUCCAAAGCGUUCCACCAGCAAGUGUCAUACUCCAAAAUUCAAUUAUAUAUACAUAUAUAUACACACACAUAUGUCCUAAUUAGCACAGACUACGGUCUUGAGACAAAAAUAAUCACAUGAAGAACUGACCUUUGCAAGCAGUGCAAAAUGGGACCUGUCCUGAACUUGAACAAUUCAAGAAACCUCGUUCUACACGGACAGUCCAUCAUGCGUUUAAAGACUUCUGUUUGUGUCCUUCGUUUUGUUCAGAGUUGUACAGAUUUGUAGUGUUGCAUAGUCAAGUUUAACCCUUAGAUUGCGCUAUUGGUGGGCGUUGUGUGUGUGAGUUUCCUCCUCUGACAACCAGCUGUAUUAAUUGCCACCUGUCAAUCAAACUCAGUUGGGCUUUUUACAGAAUCCCAGGUUGUGAUGUUUGACGUUUCACACUGGGUUAACAAUUUAUUCUGGCUCUUCGUAAUCUUGGAAACCCUGGGGGGAUCUUCUUUAUAAAGCUUUUUGCCGUCUCAUGCACAAAGUCUAGCAAGACGUCUUACAAAGGUGUUGUAAAUGAAAUGAGCCGACGAACAUUGUGGAGUUCAUUUUUUAACAUUUUAUAAAUUUACUAGCGCCUUUUGUGUGUUUGAUGUCAUAUGUCAAACGACUUUGGGAUGUUACGACCCUUCUACAGUUCAUACAG